AUGUCGUCAUCUUCAUCCGACGAAGUUUUUGAAGAAAGAUUUGACGAAGUUUUCGAAGAAAUCUUCGAAGAUACAUUCACCAACAUAGUCGAGGCCCAAACCAGUCACCAAAGGAGCCGGGCUUAUAUUGAACGAAACCGUGAAGGAGGACAAGACCGCUUAUGGAAUGACUACUUCAGCGAAGAUGCGACUUUCUCGUCACAAAUAUUUAGACGCCGCUUCCGCAUGAAUAAGGACUUAUUCUUGCGUAUUGUCUAUGGGCUAUCAGAGAACUUUCCAUUCUUUCAGCAAAGAAGAGAUGCAACCGGGAGGUUAGGUCUUUCUGCACUACAAAAAUGUACGGCAGCAAUUCGUAUGCUUGCUUAUGGUUCUGCGGCUGACACGGUUGACGAAUAUCUCCGACUUGGUGAGACUACUGCACUUUCCUGUUUACAUAAUUUCACUGACGGAAUAAUACAGUUAUUCGGAGGACUCCACAAUGGGUCUCACCAUUGUGGAUGCUCUUACCCGUCUGCUAUUCUUGGUCGAGAGAGAGCCAUUGUUCUCAACUUAGAGCAUAUCAAGGCCAUUAUCACUGCUCAAGAGGUUCUGAUUCGUGAUUCGUCAGAUGAAAAUCUUAUUCCUGUCUUGGAGGAGUUUCAGAGACGCUUGCCUGUGGUUCAAGGAGAUGCUGAAGCGGGUGAAGAAGAUGAAUCACCGUUUGAAUUUCGGGCGCUAGAGGUGGUUUUGGAAGCUAUUUGCAGCUUACUAGCUGCAAGGACAACAGAACUAGAGACUUCUGCUUAUCCUGCUUUGGAUGAACUAACCUCGAAGAUAAGUAGCCGUAACUUGGAAAGGGUUCGUAAACUGAAAAGUGCCAUGACACGAUUAACAGCUCGAGUCCAAAAGGUAAGGGAUGAGCUGGAACAAUUGUUGGAUGAUGACGAUGAUAUGGCUGAUAUCUAUCUUUCAAGGAAGCUUGCUGGUGUAUCUUCAUCGGUUAGUGUUUCUGAUGAACCUCUUUGGUAUCCUACGUCACCAACAAUAGGUUCCAAGAUUUCAAGAGCAAGUAGAAUGAGUUUAGUGUCGGUUCGUGGGGACGAUGAAAACGAUGUUGAAGAACUUGAAAUGUUGCUAGAGGCUUACUUCAUGCAAAUCGACAGCACUUUGAACAAAUUAACCGCGCUACGUGAGUAUAUUGAUGACACAGAGGAUUACAUUAACAUCCAGCUAGACAAUCAUCGAAAUCAACUCAUUCAGUUAGAGCUUAUGCUAAGCUCUGGAACUGUUUGCAUAUCAAUGUACUCUAUGAUCGCGGGAAUAUUUGGCAUGAACAUUCCAUACACAUGGAACGACGAACAUGGAUACGUUUUCAAAUGGGUGGUUAGCCUGACAGGGACAUUUUGCGCAGCCUUGUUUGUGAUUGUACUGUCGUACGCUCGGUACAAAGGGCUUGUGGGAUCUUGGUGGUCCAAGGAAAAUAAACAGGAUUGAUCGUAAGACUUUGAUUGUAAAUGCAUGCUGUGUAACUCUUCACUCUUUGAAAUAUACGAUGAACGAUUAGGCGGAUACAUGGUUUCAUUACACACUCUUACAUACGUUACAUUUGAUGAAUAGUGUUAUGUACAGUUUCAUAUAAUAUAAAACUUUAAGUGUCAAA